CCAACAUGGUGGCGAACAGGACGCUUUAAUCUGGUAACAAGAAGCGAUUUUCACCGGGGAAACAUCGAGAGUUUUUAAUCUACAUUUCACAAAACAUUGCACGUCGUUUUGCCAUUCAGUUCUCUCUGUGUGACUGAAGCAGCAGGAUGGCGGGGAAAUCCAACGAACGCUUCAAAACAGGAGACCUCGUAUUCGCCAAGAUGAAGGGCUUCCCUCACUGGCCGGCCAGGGUCCAUAAUCCAGAACACGGAUGCAAGAAGCGAGUCCUGGUCUACUUUUUCGGAACCCACCAGAUAGGAAGUCUCGUGCCAGAAAACGUUGUUCCUUAUGUCGGAAACAAGAUGAAGUACGGCACUGGUGUUCGCAUCAAAGGCUUCUCUGAGGGGAUGUGGGAGAUCCAGAACACGCCCGGAAUUGGGAGCAAACUCAAAAUGCCCGCAAAGUCCAGCACACAGACUCCUGCAAAAACUACACCUGCAAAAGUAACUCCUACUGCCAGUAACACUACACGUGCUAAAAAAGCUACCAGUAAAGCGACUCCGCCUAAAACUCCUUCAAAGCCCAGUGGUAAGAAAGAAACGGCGUCUGCUGAUAAAACUCCUCUCAGAGCUUCGUCAAGAGGGGCUCCAGAUAAAACCCCAGACUCUAAACAAACCCCUGCAAAGACACCGACGGUCAAAGAAGCGGCGGCAGGACCGGCCGUAAGUACAAGAAACACUAGGUCAGGGGGAAGUCUGAUAGGACCGCCUCUUCCGCUCCCAGAAUUCAGGAGACCGAAGAACUCAGAGUCAAAGUCUGCAGAUAAAAGUAAAAUAAGUAAGAAUGAUGGAGUGCAGAAAGUCCAAGAGAAGAAGGAACCUGAAGAAAUAAAGGAGAAGUUGUCAGAGAGUCAAGGAGUGAAGAGGAAGAGGGAAGAAGAGAAGGAGGCAGAAAGUGAAGGAGGAAACGAAACAACAGCAGAGGGAAAAGCAUCAACGAAAAAGAAGAAAGAAAACGUAGACAAAGACAAGGAAACGAAGGAGGAUGAAAAGAAGGAAGAAGAGAUGAAGAAACCGCCUACGGAUGGAGAAGGUAUGAGGACGAGGAGGUCGGAGAAGGAGGAGCAGAGGAAAACCAAGCAGGACUUUUCAGGAGGUGAAGAGGAGAACAGGGUGAUGAAGAGGAACAGGGUGGAGAGGAAAAGCAGGCAGGAGGAUGUGGGAGAAGAGGAAGAGGAGGCAAUGAAGAACAUGGACGAAGAGGAGAGGGAGGGAGGAGACGGACUUGUGGACGAGGAGAGACAACGCCUGGCUGCAAAGAGGGAGAGUCUGUUAAAAUCUCUGCGAGGUCUGUUAACAACAACUGGAGGAGUGAAGAGGAGGGAGAGUGUGAAGAGCGCUCAGACAGCUGGGGAUGAAGCAAAGAAAAAGAAGACGGAGUCCACAUCAACGGAUAAGAAGAGCAUCAAAGAAUCAGCUGUGACUAAGGUGGUCUCCAAGAGGACAGGAAGUGAAGGUUCAUCCAGAAAAAGCAGAACACUGGAGGAGAAGGACGAUAGAAACACCUCACAGACAAAACCGGCAGAGGUCAACCCGAAAGACAGCAACAAACAGGGAAAGAAACUAGACAGGGACGAUGAAAUCAAGGAAAAGAAAAGUGAUGACACGAAGCCGCCGAAGGAAGAGAGGAGUAUUAUCGGAAAAAUCGUCAAAGCGCCAGGAGCCAAGGUUCAGGUGAAGACGAUGGGAGGACCGUCGACCACCGAGGAGGACAAGAAGAGAACGGACCAGAAAAGUUCAGAAAAGGCCAACGAGGCGGAAGGAGAGGGAAGAAAAGACGGCAAGAGGAGGUCGGAAAGAUCGGCAAAAGAGGCGGAUGGGAAGGGAAAAGGGGAUGAGGAAAGACAGAAAAAGAGAAGAGAGGACGGAGAGAAGAAGGCAGAAGAUAAACUGGAAGGGAAGUCACAGGAGGACAAAGUGACGACAAGAGACCAGAAGAGGAAGGAUGGAAAGAAUGAAACGUCAGAGAAGGAAGUGAAAACGACAGCAGACAAAGUGACGACAGGAGAGCAGAGAAAGAAGGAUGGAAAGAGUGAAACGCACGAGAAAAAGGAUGAGAAAAUUACAGAACAAACUGAAAAAGUAACAACUAGAGAGCAGAAGAGAAAGGAUGGAAAGAGUGAAAUACAGGAGAAGAAAGAUGACAAGACUACAGCAGAACAAACGGAAAAAGUAACAAGAGAGCAAAGAAAGAAGGAUGGAAAGAAUGAAGCGCAUGAGAAAAAGGAUGAGAAAACGACGGCAGAACAAACUGUGAAAGUAACAACUAGAGAGCAGAGGAGGAAAGAUGGACAGAGAAAAAUGCAGGAGAUGAAAGACGAAGAAGUGAAGACGAGAGAACAGAAGAAAGACGGAAAGAAUGAAAUGGAGGAAGAGGAGGAUGUCAAAACUAGAACGAUGAAGAACGACAAAGAACCAGAAACUCCACAGACGUCGCAGGUAAAGACGACGAACAUCAGCGCAGAAGAAGAAGAAAGAAAAGCGAAAGGUAACGAAGAAGCGGAGCAGAAGAAGACUCUGGGUAUGACGCUGACCGACUCCACUCUGCACAGAAUCCACGGGGACAUUCGGAUUUCCCUCAAGAGCGACAACCCAGACAUAAGUAAGUGUAUCUUGGCGCUGGAUCAGCUCAGUAUGGUUUAUGUGACGUCUCAACAUGUCCAGAGGCACAGUGAACUCGUCGCCACUUUGAGGAAGCUGCGUUUUUACCGGGCCAACCAGGCCAUCAUGCACAAGGCCUCGAUGCUCUACAACCGCUUCAAAAACGCCUUCCUGCUCGGAGAGGGGGAGGAGGUGGUGAGCGCCGCCUUCCUGCGCUCGCUGCUGGAGGAGAAGGAGAGGGAGGAGGCUCAGCGGGUGGAGCGCUGCCGGGACAGGAGGGAGGAGCUUCUACAGGAAGUGAAGAAGAGAAUGGACCAGGUGAAGGAGAGGAAGAGGGAGGAAGAGGAGGAGGAGACGCUCAGAAAAGCAGCUUCAUUGGAUUGUCACUGACAGAUGCUAAAUUCAACUGGGACCGAACCAACUCCGCACAGAUGGGCGUGUCUCGAAUUGAAGCCCCGCCCCUUCUCAUGGACGGUUGAAUGUUUUGAACUGUGUGUUCUCCCUGUUACUGCUGUAUUUAUGUUGUCAUUUUACUUGCAUUACUAUAUAUAACACAGAGUUACUGUCUCACUUGAAUGUACCAGGAAAGUGUUUAUCCCAGCCACAGCUUUAUUUCUACAUUUUAAGCUUUUAGGCUCCUUUGUGGGUUUUGAAAGUUGUCCCUUUUCACUUUUCAGCCUAAGUUUAAUGGAGUAUUUUGACACUUUUUCACUGUUAUUUUUGGCUCCAUCCAUAGUCACCACAUUUGCACCAUUUGAUGCUGCUGUUGUUAUGGCAACGACAUUCUAAGAAGUCGUCCCAUGUUAGAAAAGUGUUUUGGCUCUUUUUGGGUUUUUUGGUCAUUAUGUGCAUUAAACAGGUGAGAUUAUUUUUGUUUAUUUAACCUGCUUCUAGUCUUUAUGCUAAGCUAAGUUAACUAUUAAAAUGCAGAGACAAAUUAAAUUCCAUCACAUUAGCAUUAAAUUUGAUCUACCUCUGCCAGCUGUUAUGGUCGCUUUUUAUUUAUUUUAUUUUUUAUCUGAUGUUAACUCAUAUUCCGACCGGUACGCGAGGUAACAGGGCUGAUGGGAAUUGUAGUCAAAUAUGCUGAAAUUUAGUUCACUGAAGUAUUAAACCCUUUACUGUCACAGCAACAUUUUUUUUAAAUAGAUUUUUUAUUUUGUAUUUUCACAACAUUUUUUAUAUUCUUUUGUAACCUUGUGCAGAUGUUUCAUCUGUUUUUAAGUUACAUGUAAAUAUGUGCAUUUGGUUUGCAGAAAUCUUUAAGUAAAAUGACUGUUUUACAAGCCUUA